UACUUUCUUUCAGUUCUCCUUCUGUAGCAUGAAGUGUCUGUCUGUCCUCUGAAGAGGAUUUACAUAAACGUCUAGAAGAGAGAGUAAAGCUUUCUAAGAAGUCAUGGAGGUGCUGGUGCUGAUAGCCUUUGAGGGCACAAUGGGAGAUGAGAUGACGGUGCAGGUGGGAGACGUGGUGACGAGUGUCUCCAAUGCCAGCGAGGAGGGCUGGCUGGAGGGGGAACUGAGGGGCAAGAGGGGCAUCUUCCCCUCUAACUUCGUCAAGGAGGUGCCAGUGUAUUUGAUCGGUGACAGCAAGAGGGAACCAAGAAGCCUACGGAAAUCAAGGAUGAUUAAACAAACAAGGAAGUGUGAGGUGGCCUUUGCCUACAGUCCCUUGAAUGAGGACGAGCUGGAGCUGGUUGUCGGGGAGACCAUUGAGAUCCUCAGAGAGAUUGAAGAUGGAUGGUGGAUGGGAAUGAAAAGUGGUAAAGUGGGAGCGUUUCCAUCAAACUUCACCAAAGAGAUAUUUGUCUCUCCAAAAGAUGUCAAGCAUAACGAGAGCAAAACCAGACCCAAACUCUCAGAUACAAUGUUUAGUAAAGAGACAAAGCUACCUCAGAGGACGAGUGUUAGGAACAAAACAAAAAAUGUGAAGGAAUGUUGUCAAGUCAUGUUUGACUAUCCAGCCUUGACCGAGGAUGAGUUAAAUCUAAAGAAGGGAGACAUUGUUACAAUCAUCACCAAGGAAACAGAGGACGAGGGCUGGUGGGAGGGAGAGAUGAACGGACGCAGAGGUUUUUUCCCCGACAACUUUGUCAUGGUGAUACCGACGACAGAUGGUCUCCAAUCUGGGAGCAUCAGCCAACCACCUGCGCGCCGUGGCACGGAAAGACGCUCAGUCAAGGCAGAGGGUUCAGCGAUGGAGAAGAGCAGCCCUGCAAAAGCAAAAGAUGAGAAACCAGAGAGUAAAGACCUGAGAAGCAAUCCCCCAACCAAAGUCAAGCUCCCUGCUCCAAGUAGACCUGCACAACCACCUCCAGUGAAGGACAAGCCUCUGAAGUUUGGUAGUAGCAAAGCCAAUGGCGAUCUCCUUCCUCUUUCACCAAAAUGUUCAGAGGACAGCAACUCAGACCAGUUUGACGGAGUGGAGGUGUCCCCUGAGAAACUGAGUCACCCCACAGCCAACAGAGCCAAACCCCCACAGAGACGACCCCCAUCAGCCCUCGUCACCAGUCCACAGGCUCUGAGUGGCAGGGACCAGACAGAAGCAGAAAAAUUGCCUAAACUGCUGGAGAUUUCAGAAAGUCAUUCACCACCAUCCAAGCCUGAGCAUUCUACUAAGAAUCCAGUACCUUCCAGGCUAGCACUUCCCAAGGCUGUAGUGGAGGCCAGGGCAACCCAGGAGGAGAAGCCUUGUCUGGACAGCCUACACGCUGAGGUCAGGGAGCUGAAGAUGGUUCUGGAGCUGCUGCAAAACAGACAUGAACGAGACAUACAGGAACUGAAAGAGGAACUGAGAGACGAGAGAAACAAACGUGUGGCGCUGCAGGAGGAGGUACAUGGUCUUAGGACUAAACAUUAAUCCCAACUGACACCAUGACCGGGCGGUACAUCUAAGUCAGGCUCUGUAAUGUCAUUCCCUUGAACACAAACUUGAAGUGAAAUUCAAAUGUUCCUGGCGUUGGAGUGCAAGAGAAGAAAGAAAGGAUGCAUGUCUGCUUCCUCUGCAGACAAACCAGCUGAGGCCACAUUAAGGGCUGGAAUCAAUCCGUAUCUCUGAAGUAUCACGGAAGAUCCGCUUUAUAGCUCGAUUAAAAAUGUAAAGGCAAUGUUCCAACGUUUGCAUUUAAGGUAAACGCUGCAUCGGCAAUUACCUUUAAAGGGAUACUUUGGGAUUUUGGCAAUGAAGUCUUUUAUCUACUUCCCCGGCGUCAGAUGAACCCGUGGAUACCAUUUUUACAUUUACAUUUACAUUUAAGUCAUUUAGCAGACGCUCUUAUUUUAUGUCUCUAUGUGCAGUUUGAAAGAAUUUUCUAACUAGCAUUAGUGCAAUUACUAACUAGCGUUAGUGCAAUGACUGGAAGUAUCUACUAGCAUGCUAGUAGAUACCAUAGACUUCCAGCCAUUGGCCUAACUCUAGUUAGCACUGGCUCACAAAACUACCUCUAACAUUGAGUACAUCUGACUCUGGGGAAAUAGAUAAAGGGCUUCAUUGCCAAAAUCCCGAAAUAUACCUUUACAUUUUAACACGGACCUUCCGCGAUACUUUUGCGAUAACGAGUGAAUACAGACAUAGAUUGUAGUCUUCCAUUUUGUUUGAGGGCAUUCUGGACUUGAUUGGCAAGGGACCAAAAUUGGCAGGGGGCCAAAAUGCUUUGUAGAGAUCGACCAAAAUAUUUUGUAGCCGGGAUUCAAUUCAAGGUGGGUUACAACGCAGUGCACAAUACAACUGAUAAUGUGUCUUUUAAAGGACUUUCACCCAAUAUUUACAUGGUAAACACUGCACACGUUGGACCAAGCCUAAAUCACUUUUAAAAGUAUGUUAUAGUGUUUUAACACGGCACACUCAAUGCCUUGCAUUGAAUCCCGGCCUUUGGAUAGAAAAUAUGUUUUAUUUUAUAUUGAUGAUAUUGUAUAUUUCAUUGAAAGAACAACACCAACCGAAAAUACAGAGGACUGGUUUUAUACAUUGAAUGUGGGCCACGUUUCUCAGUGAUUAUUUUCCUGUAAAAGCAUAUCUCUUAUUUUUAUGAGCAUGUUUUGAAGCACAAGUGUUUGCAAUAUUUUGAAGCACUGUGUUUGCGGAACAUGAGUCGACUUAACAAACUACUUGUAUCUUUUGUGUAAACAUUGUAUAUAAGAGUAACUAUUUUAUGUCUCUUUUAUAAAAUAUAAAAUAAUACCUGUCCAAAAUA